AUGUCGUCUGUUGCCUCUCCAUCGUCACCCUCCAAGGCUAGGACACCGACGAGUACUUCCGAGGACGAAGACCGCAUAAUGCCUGGCCAGAACAGGUCUGUAGGGAGGACGGUGCACCUUUACAACUCUAAUGACACAGAGACGGCGAUUGGCGGCCUCAUUGUUACGAACGGCGUGACCCACACGAACCUCUACCACAUGGUGGAAAUUAUCCUCGUCGUUACGAGCGAUUUCAGCCUCCGAAGUGGAGAUGACAAGAUCAUUCCAAAAGGUGAGGCCCAAGUUAAGGCCGGAAAGUACUUCGUCUACUCUACGGGUAAGAUUUAUUUACUCCGGUAUUAA